GUUUUUUUCUAUUAUUUAUUUAAAUGCUGCUUGUCAAUUUACAUAUUUGGGGCAAUUUUAAGAGAUAUUGUGGGUUGUUUGACAUGAGUUGGUAUGAGUUACUCACCUGCAGUGGUUCAGAUUGGUUCAAAGAUUCCAUCCUGAGCUAAUGUCUAUACAUCACAGCAGAAAUGGAAGUGUUGCUGGUUUCUGGAAUCUCAGAUGCAGAGGAAACUCAUAUCCCCUUCAGUGUCGUGGUGACAAACUCAGUAACGCCCUGCGAUCCGAAGACAUACAGCACAUACGUGCUUGAGAGAGGAAUCUUACUGGGUGGAUUGAGGAGACUGCAGGACUGUGACAAAGACUUUAUGUUCACCUACACAGAGGAUCCAAACUAUGGACCGUUCCUACAGAGUGUGAACGGUUUGGCUGGAAAUCCAGAGAAACAUACCUACUGGGAGCUCCUGGGCAAGAAACCCAAUGGCCAAAUCAUCAGACUUGAUGUUGGCAUUGGAUGUUACAUUCCCAGUGCAAACGAGGAAAUCAUCCUGAACUACACCAAGUACUGAAAAACAAGAUAACUGGACAUCAAAAUUGGACCAGAUUCAAGUGUAUCAUUAUAUAUUUCAUAAUUAUUAAU